AGAGAGAGAGAGAGAGAGAGAGAGAGAGAGAGAGAGAGAGAGAGAGAGAGAGAGAGAGAGAGAGAGAGACUUACUUUUAAAAUGACUUUCCUUCAUCCUUCAAGAGGAAGGCAACUGGACUGCUUGACCAGUUUGUUAGGAUAAACACCGGCUUCAUGGGAAGGAGACAUCUUUGGCAUUCCCAUUUAGAAAAAAAAAUCUACUGAGAUCUAGGAAAGUUGUAGUGCUUUGACUGAGAACAAUGAACUUCAUAAAGGAGAACAGUCAAUCCCUCAUUCAGAGGAUGAGCAUCAUAGUUACCAAGCAAAUCUCAGACGAUCUGUUUGCACGAAGCGUUCUCAAUGAUGAAGAAGUCGCCAAUAUUUGCUGUAAGAAGGUAGAUCAGGACGCUGCGCGAGAAAUCAUUCAUAUGAUUCUGAAGAAGGGCUCGGAGGCCUGCAGCCUCUUUCUUAAGAAUCUUGAGAAGCGGGACUCUACUGUGUAUCAGGACUUAACUGGACAAAGUAUUUUUCAUCAGAACACAGAUGAAGACUUGGAUGUCCUGGCUCAGAAUUUAAAAUACUUAUAUGACAGCCCCACCUUUCUGAACUUCUAUCCCCUGGGUCAAGAUAUCGACAUCAUUUUUAAUCUGAAGCGCACCUUCACGGAACCUGUCCUGUGGAGGAAGGACCAUCGUCAUCAUCGUGUGGAGCAGCUAACCCUGGGCAGUCUUUUGGAGGCUCUCCAGAGCCCCUGCCUCAUUGAAGGGGAGUCUGGCAAAGGGAAGUCCACCCUGCUACAGAGAAUUGCCAUGCUCUGGGCCUCAGGGGAGUGCAAAGCUCUGAACAGGUUCAAACUGGUCUUCUUUGUCCGCCUGAGCAGCGCCAGCAGGGGACUGUUUGAAACGGUGUGUGACCAGCUCCUGAAUGUACCCGACUCCAUUAGCAAGUCAGGGUUCAAGGCUAUGCUGUUGAAACUGCAGCAGGAAGUCCUCUUUCUCCUCGAUGGUUACAAUGAAUUCCAGUCCCAGAACUGCCAGGAAAUCGAAGACCUGAUAAAGCAAAACCAUCGUUUCAAGAACAUGGUUAUUGUCACUACCACCACCGAGUGCCUGAGACAUAUCAGACAUGUUGGCGCCUUGACUGCUGAGGUUGGGGAUAUGACAGAAGACAGCGCCCAGGUUCUCAUCCAAGAAGUGUUGAUAAAGGAGCUGGCUGACGGCCUGUUAUCCCAGAUCCAGGUGUCCAAGUGCUUGAGAAAUCUGAUGAAGACCCCUCUCUUUGUGGUGAUCACCUGUGCAAUCCAGAUGGGCAGGAAGGAAUUCAAAGAUUACACACAAACCACGCUGUUCCAAACCUUCUACGACCUCCUGAUAAAGAAAAACAAGCACAGACACAGAGGUGGGGCUGAGAGUGAUUUUGCCAGGAGCCUGGACUGCUGCGGAGACCUGGCCCUGGAGGGCGUGUUCUCCCACAGGUUUGCCUUUGAGCCUGAGGAUCUGUCCAGCAUGAAUGAGGAUGUCCUGGUGGCCACUGGGCUCCUCUGUAAGUACACAGCUCAGAGGCUGACAGCCAAGUAUAAAUUCUUUCAUAAAUCAUUCCAAGAGUACACAGCUGGACGCAGACUUAGCAGCUUGUUGAUUUCCAGAGAACCGGCGGAGGUGAGCAAGGGGAAUGAGUAUCUGAAGAGAAUGGUUUCCAUCUCCGACAUCACAUCCCUGUAUGGCAAUCUGCUCCUCUACACGUGCGGGUCAUCCACAGACGCCACCAGGGCUGUCAUGAGGCACCUUGCACUGGUGGCUGAGCAUGGCAGCUUACAAGGGCUUUCUGUCACCAGGAGGCCUCUCUGGAGGCAGGAAUCUCUACAGAGCAUGAGAGACACCACUGAGCAAGAUGAUUUGAAAGCCAAGAAUAUAAAUUCUUUUGUGGAGUGUGGCAUCAGUUUAUUCUCUGAGAGCAUAUCUAAAUCAGAGCUGAGCCAAGAAUUUGAAGCUUUCUUUACUGGUAAAAGUUUAUUCAUUGACUCAGAGAACAUUCCUGAUUACUUAUUUGACUUCUUUGAACAAUUACCUAACUGUGUAAGCGCACUGGACUUUGUGAAGCUGGACUUCUAUGGAAGAGCUACCGCUUCACAGCACAAGGCUGUCAAGAACAACCCCGGAGUCCACAUGGAAGGCCCCUCAGAAACCUACAUUCCCAGCCGGGCUGUGUCUUUGUUCUUCAAUUGGAAGCAGGAAUUCAAGACUCUAGAGGUCACUCUCCGGGAUAUCAGCAAGUUGGAUAAACAAGACAUCAAACAUCUGGGGAAGAUAUUCAGCUCCGCCACCAACCUUCGGCUGUACAUCAAGAGAUAUGCAGCUGUGGCUGGAAGUCUCAGCUCAGUCCUCCGGACUUGUAAGAACAUCUGUUCCCUUGCCGUGGAAGCCAGUUCCCUCACCAUAGACGACGAGCAGCACAUCACGUCAGUGACAAACCUCCAGAACCUGAGCAUUCACGGCUUGCAGACUCAGGGGCUGCCAGGUGGUCUGACUGACAGCUUGGGUAAUCUGAAGAACCUCGUGAAGCUCGUCCUGGACAACAUUGGGAUGAAGGAGGAAGAUGCUAAAAACCUAGCCAAAGGCCUGGGAAACCUGAAGAAGAUGAGCUUAUUUCAUCUGACUCAUUUGUCUGAUAUCGGGGAGGGGAUGGAUUCCAUAAUUGAGUCUCUGUCGGGAGAACCCUGUGACCUGCAAGAGAUGAAGUUGGUGGCCUGCUGUCUGACGACCAAUUCUGUGAAAACCCUAGCACAGAAUCUUCACAAUUUGGCCAAACUGAACGUUCUCGAUAUAUCAGAAAAUUAUCUGGGAAAGGAUGGAAAUGAAGCUGUACAGGAACUGAUUGGCAGGCUCAGCAUUCUGGAACAGCUAACCACACUGAUGCUGCCGUGGUGCACAGAUGUGCUCAUUACCCUGCCCAACCUGCUGAAGCAGCUGGAGGUGGUCCCAGGGCUCCUCAAGCUUGGACUGAAAAACUGGAAACUCGGGGAUGCAGAGAUCAGAAGUAUAGGUGAUUUUCUGGAGACGAAUCCUCUGAGAACCCUGCAGCAGUUGGAUUUAGCGGGGAAUUGUGUAAGCAGUGACGGAUGGCUUUCCUUCAUGAACGUAUUUGAGAACUUUAAACAAUUAGUAUUUUUUGACUUUAGUACUGAAGAAUUUUUACCAGAUGCUUCAUUGGUGAGAAAACUUAGCCAAGUAUUAUCAAAGUUACCUGUUCUGCAAGAAGCUAGGCUCACUGGGUGGGAGCUGGAUGACUAUGAUCUCAGUAUCAUUAAAGGCACUUUUAAGCUGUUAAUUGCUUAAAGGAAC